UUGACCGGGGUUCGCGGAGGGGGCGAGGUGGCCGCCCCUGAAUGCCUCUUCAACCGCGCAUGGACGACCACCUCAGCCUCCUGCAAUCACCCCCGCCGAGCGCAACCAAAACCCGGAGCGACAACCUGGUGAACCACGGAUACACCGAGACAGAAGCCGACGUGAUGACGGUUGUGGCGUGUGACAACAUGCUGGAGGAGUCGGCGGCUCUCCCGGGCCACCACUCCCUGGACCGAUAUGAACCGGACCAAGAAUGCUGCGAGAGGGUCGUCAUCAACAUUUCAGGGUUACGCUUCGAGACCCAGCUCAAAACUCUCUCCCAGUUUCCAGAGACGCUCCUGGGGGACCCCAAGAAGAGGAUGAGGUACUUUGAUCCUCUCAGGAACGAGUACUUUUUCGAUCGAAACCGACCCAGCUUUGAUGCUAUUCUGUAUUACUACCAGUCUGGCGGGCGCAUCAGACGACCCGUAAAUGUGCCCAUUGACAUUUUCUCUGAGGAGAUCCGAUUCUAUGAGCUGGGUGAGGAGGCUAUGGAGAAGUUCAGGGAGGAUGAGGGCUUCAUAAAGGAGGAGGAGCGGCCGUUGCCAGAGAAUGAAUUUCAAAGACAGGUGUGGCUGCUUUUUGAAUACCCAGAGAGCUCGGGUCCCGCACGGGGCAUAGCGAUAGUAUCUGUCCUGGUCAUUCUCAUCUCCAUUGUCAUCUUCUGCUUAGAGACAUUGCCGGAGUUCAGGGACGACAACAGGGAUCCGAUCACCAUUGAACCUGUGAUUAAUGGCACGCUCCCGUAUUUCACCAGCCCCUUCUCUGACCCGUUCUUUGUUGUGGAGACGUUGUGUAUCGUUUGGUUCUCCUUCGAGCUGCUGGUGCGCUUCUUUGCAUGCCCGAGUAAAGCCACGUUCUCCAAAAACAUUAUGAACAUUAUUGACAUCGUGGCCAUCAUUCCCUAUUUCAUCACCUUGGGCACAGAGCUGGCAGAGAGGCAGGGAAACGGACAGCAGGCCAUGUCAUUAGCCAUUCUGCGCGUAAUUAGGCUUGUUCGGGUAUUUCGUAUCUUCAAACUCUCGCGUCACUCCAAAGGGCUUCAGAUUUUAGGACAGACUCUGAAGGCCAGUAUGCGUGAGCUGGGCCUGCUUAUCUUCUUUUUGUUCAUCGGUGUCAUACUUUUCUCCAGUGCUGUCUACUUUGCUGAGGCAGAUGACCCAGAUUCGGGUUUCACCAGCAUCCCGGACGCAUUCUGGUGGGCUGUUGUCACAAUGACCACCGUGGGCUAUGGGGACAUGCACCCCGUGACAAUAGGUGGAAAGAUUGUGGGGUCUUUGUGCGCCAUCGCUGGUGUGCUGACCAUUGCGCUGCCUGUGCCUGUCAUCGUCUCCAAUUUCAACUACUUCUAUCACAGAGAGACGGAGGGCGAGGAGCAGGCACAGUACCUGCACGUGGGCAGCUGUCAGCCUCUAGCAGACACAGAGGAGCUGAGGAACACUCGCUCCUCUUCCUCAAUCAGCAAGAGCGAGUAUAUGGUGAUAGAGGAGCACGGGAUCAACAGCGCUUUCAAACAGCAGCCCAACUUCCCCACCACCACGCAAAACAACUCGCAGAAUUGCGUGAAUAUAAACAAAAAGAUUUUCACUGACGUGUAGCCAAUUUUGGAAUCAUGGCCCUGAGCACAGAAAGGGGCGGUGUGUAAACACAGCUGCUUCUGUCGUUGCGCUGCAGCGUGGAAGCAAAUCAGAUGAAGAAAGAAAGCAAGCCCUGUCUGUUCAGAGACGCUGCUUUGUGCUCCAUUCAAAGAAUCCGGAUUUUUCAUUUGGGUGAUCUGAAUUCAUAAUUCUCUAUGUUUUCCUUUCGCGCUUGGAGACAAAGAGCUCUUAAAGUAGCUAUUAGGAUUACUAUUCUUCUCUGAGUAAGGGAAUUGACCUAUUGUGCAUUGUGCAAUAGUCAAAAUAUUAUCACAACAGGUAGUAUUAUAAGCUUUAUAACUGUGAAAG